UAGCAUGAGCCAUGACGCCAUUUUGUGAUUUGUCACUCAUUUUUGUUCCGGUGGUGAAAAUUUAAAAUUAGUUUACGAGCUUUGUAUUUAACUGUGAUAGUAGGUUUUUUGCUUUAAGGUGAUUAUUUAUAUUUAAGAAUCUAAAAUGCCGGGCGCCGGUACUUUCAAAAUCUUCGUCGGGAAUCUGUCCGAUAAAACUACAGAUGCCGAUCUGAGACCGCUGUUCGAAAAAUACGGUACGGUCGUAGAAUGCGAUAUCGUCAGAAAUUACGGUUUCGUACACAUGGAAAACGAGCAAGUCGGCCGCGAAGCCAUUCAAAACAUUAACGGAGAACUAAUUCACGGGCAAGCGAUUAAAAUAGAAGCGGCCAAGAGUCGGAAGGCACCGUCGACGCCGACAACUAAAAUAUUCGUCGGUAAUCUCACGGACAAGACGCGCGCGCCCGAAGUCCGCGAGCUGUUUCAGAAGUUCGGCACGGUUGUCGAGUGCGAUAUCGUUCGUAACUACGGCUUCGUGCACUUGGACGCGUCGGGUGACGUGAACGAAGCCAUCAAAGAGCUGAACGGCAUGAUGGUAGACGGGCAGCCCAUGAAGGUGCAGCUAUCAACGAGCCGUGUGCGUCAGCGCCCAGGCAUGGGCGACCCUGAACAGUGCUACCGCUGCGGUCGCGGCGGACACUGGUCCAAGGAGUGCCCCAAGGCGCUGGGCCCCGACCGCAAUGGUUUCCGCGAUCGAGCAUUCGGCCGCGAUCCCUACCCUCCACCACCGCCGCCGCCGUUCCUUCGCGAUCGCAUGAUGGGAGGAUUUGGGGAUCCUUAUGAUGGCUACUAUGACAGAGCUAGAUUUGACUCUCCAAGGGAUCUGUUUGAGCGUCGUUACCCCGUUGGAAGUUCCAGGGGACUAGAUAUGGGUGCAUCUCGUGCCAGAGGGGACUUUGUUUCACCACCCCUGCGACGUGAACCCAUGCCACCUAUGCCUAGUCUGCCACCAAUGAGCAGAACAAUGGGAUCCAUGAGAUCAUCAUAUGAUACCAUGUAUAGCCGAAGAAGUCCGCCUAGAGGGCCUCAAAUGUCCAGAGGAUUAUAUGAAGAUUUCAGCAGAGAUACCUUUGAUGAUAGAAGGCCUGGGCUCAGAGGACCUUCGCCUUCGAGACGUUACGCGCCAUACUGAGAGGAACCCAACAUCGUAGUCCAAUAGUUUUAAUGUGACGACUUAAUUAUUAGAUAAUCUGAUAUGGACAAUAUAUUGUUCUCAAAGCAAAAUGGUGAGGACUGAUUUGCAGAUUUUUAAAGAGAGAGAGAGAAUGAAUGGAAUGUAUGCAAUGCUAACAAAUGUUUAUAGGUUAAUAAAUAUCAUUUUAAGUA